GUUUUGAGGAUAAACGCACUGUAAAAGACGUCUGUGGUUUCAAGUUCAGCCUUUCCAGCUGUUGUGUCGAAAGACUGAACUCUUUAUGCUCCAGAUGGGAGAGGGGCGGACACAUUCCCAAAACCCCACAACGGGAGAAGGGUGUUCCUGCGUAACCGGAGGAACAUACUAUUGGGGGGCACAACGGAGCCUUUUUAAGGGAUUUUGGCCGCGAUACAAUAGCGAUUGUUUUGAACGCGUACACUGAAGACCAGCAGAAGAAAAUGACCAGCGAACGCGAGGAGCCAGAGGUUUCUGGGGAUGUUUCGUCUGUCGCUGCAUCUGCAGCCCAGAGCGCGAGCGGCUCGGCCGAGGCGGGGACCUUACUGGAAGUUACUUUCCAGAAGAACCCCCGUCAAAAAUACAAGUACCUCGAGGCGGAACCCAAGAUUUUAGGGGUGACAGAGAUCGCGCUGACUGUCUUCUUCGUUGUUUGCAGAAUACCGUUUUAUAUAAGCCUACGACUACAUGAAUUAAUUUUAAAUAGCUUCAUCCUGGCGUUUUCAUGUGUUGGCAUUAUUUCUGGCAGUGUGGCCAUAGCAGCACAGAAACUUCACUUGCCAACACUCAAGGCUUGUUUGGGAAUGCAGGUGGUCACAUGUGUGGCAUAUGUCUUCUGUCUUCUGGGAACAAUUGUUGAGCCAUAUUCACGCAUCGUUGACUGCUGGUAUCAGUAUAAUAACAGUGACACAUGUAUACAAUUAGAGAAGGCAUUUAAUCUACUGUAUGCAUUAGAUCAGCUCACGGUGGUGACUCAGAUUGUCCUCUCUGUCACAAUAGCCGCAUACUGCUGCAAGGUGAUUCCUUGCUGCGUUCCCAGAUCUGAUGUGCCAGUCAUCGUUAUGACGCUACCCACGGAUGCGCAAUGAAAGUGAGAGGGUGUGCAUCUAAAAAGACUAAUAAUACUAAUAAAACUCAAUCUUGGAACACAUUAUUAGAUACUAAUACAUUAUACCAUAGUCAAACAUAUCACUAAUAUAUCUCUAUACAAAUAUUUUGAGAGCAUUAAAACAUCUUGUCUUUUAACAGUUUUUUUUAAAUGGUCUUUUAACAUAAUGUGCAGACUGAAGGCCUAUUUCUAAAUGAACAUAAAUGUGUAUAAUUGCCAGUAUGAAUUAAUAUCUUAAUCAGCUUUACAAUACAACAUAUAAAACUUGUAAAAAUAGCCUUUUACAGAACAUAUACUGUAUGUUCCAAUUCAUAUACUGAAUCCAUUGGUGUAUAGACACUGUCAAUACUCAAAUUCAAAGUUAUUAAAAUUGAAUAAACAAAUGUAAUAAACAAAAA